GUUUAACCUAACGUCUCCUACCUAGAACUGGUGAAGCCACGAACCCAGGGGUGUACCACCAAAGAGGCCAGGUGAGGCGAUUGCCUCAAGCAGCAACAGGAAAUCAGAGACUGGGUUUCUCCCAAUAAGGGAGGGACAUUACAGUACAAGAGCUGCUUAGCAUUAAGUUUACUUUCAAUUCAUCCGCAGCAUCAGAAGCAAAUAAAUAAUGACGGACAGCCGAACACAAAAAAACUGUGCACCGCUUGGAAAUGCCUCCGAAGAUAUCAGCGGACCCAGCUCGUCAGCGACAAAGAAAGGUAGAAGGAAUUGGUUCAAGAAAUUUUUCCUGGGAUCUAAGGCUCCUGAAGACGGGACUAUCCAGAGUCUAAUUCAUCAGAAGCAGUUCUACAAGGCCCUUAAAGAGCUGGUAGCCCAAAAGAACAGGAUUUCCGAUGACGCCCCCCGACACACAAAGGAUAUCGACUCCCUUUACGAGAGCCUCGAAAAAGAAAUGUUCCAAGUGAUAUCAGAAUCCAUUGUUCAGAAUCCGGGGGAUCCGCUUGUCCAGGUGAUAAAAGCCAUAAAUAAGCAAGAAAAAGAAGACUCAAAAAUCCUCCAGAAUAAAGAGAUCGCAGGACACCAGCGAACAACGCCGAGAAAAUGGAAAGAGAAAUGGGCGAGGUGCGUCGCGGAAUCGGUGUCUCAGCGGAUUAGUAACGGGAGCGCCAUCUCCACCAAAAAUACCACCUCCUGCUUGUCACAGAGAUUCUGUAAUCUGGGGAAGACCUUCAAAAAUGACUUAAUCCACGUGAUCCAGAACCUCGGCCCGCUCUACCCGCCAGAAUUUAACGUAUGCAAUCUAUACGCACGGUGUUAUCAUCAGUACUUCAUGUCAGAGAUCGAAUCCGUUACAGAAUAUGAACUCACGGAGGAGGACACGUAUUUUCUGCUCUGCUGGAUACACAACCUAUAUCCACAAACAAUCUUGAGAGACCCGGCCAUACAAGGACACAUAGAUGAAUCCCAGCUGGAGACUCUUCUGCCAACAAGAAAAAUUGAGAGGCUUGAGAAAAUUUUUGUCGACAGCGAAGUGAACUCACUGGAAACAUCCCUGGAAAAAAGCUUAAAUUCGGAAAGCAAGAGAUGGAAGGACGGGAAAGAACCCAGCAAAGUAGGAAGAUAUUACCAGUCUAAACUUCAGACAGAAGUCACACAGAUUUAUCGUGACAGCAUCCGGAAAACAGCAGAAAUAUCGGAGGAAAUGUCCAACAAGAUGGCGCCACAUCUGGGGAAGGAGCUACAGAACUUCCUUACAAGAUACCAGAGUCUGUUCGUUGAGUACACGCAGAAGAAAUCUCAGAAACAUUUCAAGGCUAUUACUAUUGACAAUAUCAACUGCAGCUGGGCAUUCAGGAACUUUCUUGAAGACAUAGAUCUAAGAUUAGAAAGGAGAAUGAAGGAAAAUCUCAUCUCAGUCCUUCAGGAGUUUGAAGCUGUUGGAUACGAUGCACUUUUGCAGAAUAUGUUUGAGGAGCUGAAAUCUCGUUUUAGGAAAUUGUGCCAUGGAAAUAACCGGAAAGACUACUUUUCAGAUAUUAUGCAAUAUGUAAAAUCAUAUGUUACUUCUCUCAAGACCCUCUGUCAGCCGUGUUUCCAGGUUAUGAUUGGGAAGAUUCAUUAUCAAGUGGUCUUAGAAUACAUCACCCGACUUAUGGAGAAACCUGUGCGAUUUGAAGACCCUAUUCAACUCGGAACCAUAGCAAACCAGAUGGUUGUAAACGCAAACCGCAUCUGCAGCUUCUUUUCAAGCCAGGGAUCACAAGAAACAUGGUUACAUCCUUUGCUUAAAAAACUUGCAGAAAUCAUAAAACUUGAGGACCCGCAAGAAAUCGUACAUAACAUUUCUGAAUUAGCCAAGGAGUACACAGACAUAAGGAGCGAACACAUCAUCGCCAUCUUGCACAUUAAAGGAAACCUCGACAUACCUAAAGCAGAAUCAGUUCUGAAAAAAAUUAAAUACAGAAUAAGGGGGCCUAACAGCGCCAACCGCACGCCUUUGUUUUCCUUGAUUAAGCCAUUUCCCCCUGAAUGGCUGUUGUGUAGUAUUAGAAGAGAGAGGGGCGAUGGUUUAUGCGAUUGCCUUUAUGAGCUCUACAUGACCAUGAAAUUCAUUCGCAACAUGCUCAUCGAUCGUUGGUGCAAAAGUAUUAACGUGGAUACUCCCCCUAAAUACUAUCCUCACAAACCAAGUUUUAGGAUCUCUACCGUGCAAGCUCGUAGAAUGGCGCAAGCAAUGGAGAUGGGCAUGCUUGUGUGUCACAAUUAGUCUGUGUGCCCGCAUUUGCUUCUAAUGCCUGUCGCUGUAUCUGUCCAUUCUGUCGAUGUCCUGUGUUAUUGGUGCUGUGGGGGCAGGCUGAAGGCAGAGGAGUCACAAGGAGGCGUUCUGAGAAUUUUAUUUUUUUAAAUUUUUUUUAAUAUUUUUUAAAUUUCUUUUAAAUAUUUAAAUUAACCAUGUCUGGCCUUUUUUUUUUAUUCUGUAUUCUUUUUAUAUUUUAAGUGACCAU